AUGGAGGUCCAGAUAGACGAGCUGAUCAAUAAUGAUCCAGUUUGGUCCAGUCAAAACGAAACUUUGAUUUCGAAACCCUAUAACCAUAUUCUGUUGAAACCAGGUAAAAACUUCAGACUGAACCUAAUCUUACAGAUAAAUAGAAUUCUGAACCUACCUGAAGACCAACUGGCCAUCAUCUCACAACUAAUUGAGUUCCUGCAUAACUCCAGUCUUUUGAUCGACGAUAUAGAAGAUAAUGCUCCCUUGAGAAGAGGCCAAACCACUUCCCAUUUGAUCUUUGGCAUCCCAUCCACCAUAAAUACCGCAAAUUACAUGUAUUUCAAAGCCAUGCAACUCGUAUCCCAACUAACCGCAGAGCCGCUACUCUACCAUAAACUAAUGACCAUCUUCAAUGAAGAACUGAUUAAUCUGCAUAGAGGCCAAGGUUUGGAUAUAUACUGGAGAGAUUUCCUGCCUGAGAUCAUACCCACCCAAGAAAUGUAUUUGAACAUGGUCAUGAAUAAAACGGGUGGUCUUUUCAGAUUGACUUUGAGGCUCAUGGAAACCCUGUCUCCUUCCUCGCACCACGGCCAUUCGCUGGUUCCGUUCAUAAAUCUUUUAGGUAUGAUCUAUCAGAUUAGAGACGAUUAUUUAAACUUGAAAGACUUCAAGAUGUCUAAUGAAAAAGGCUUCGCCGAAGACAUUACUGAGGGGAAGCUAUCUUUCCCCAUCAUCCAUGCUCUAAAUUUCACCAAGAACGAACGUCAGACUGAGCAACACGAUGAAAUCAUAAGAAUUCUUUUAUUGAGGACAAAUGACACAGAUCUAAAACUAAAACUGAUUGAAAUUCUAGAAUUCCAGACUAAUUCUUUGAACCAUACAAAAGAUUUUAUCAAUCAGUUAGUGAACAUGAUAAAGAAUGAUGACGAAAAUAAGUACUUGCCCGAUUUGACCCAGCAUUCAGAUACUUCUACCAAUUUACAUGACGAGCUAUUAUAUAUAAUAGAUCAUUUAUCCGAACUGUGA